UUUUUUGUGUAAUGUCAACUAAAAUAUUUUUUUGUCUAAAUUUUAAGUAUAAAAGUAAAGAAAUCUUAAACAUUAAUUUUGAAAAAUUAUCUUAAAAAAUAAAUUCAAAACAAAAUAUAAAUGAUGAAAAUGAAAAACAUUACUUGAAAACAAAAACUAAAAGGCAAAAUAAAAGUCAUAUGUUACACCACUUUUUCAUCAUUCUUUGUUUGCCUAGUAGUAGUAUUAAAGGGAAAAUUAUUAGCUAUUAAAGUUGGUGUUAUACAGUUAAUUUUAAUAAGAUAAUCUGAUCUGAAUCCUUGAAGUUCAUUUUAAUGUUGAAAAGAAAAUAAUUUUUUUUGGAAAAAUAGAGUAUUAUAACACCACUAAUGUGACAUUGAAAAGUUAAAAAUAAAGUACGAGACACAAAGAUACAAUAAACAUUUAUUGUUAAACUUUAUAAUACAUAAACAAAACGUGAAAAAAUGGCUGAUUUUGAUGCAAUAUAUGAAGAACGAUUUGAAGAUGAUUUAGAAGCUCCAAUUGUAACAGUACCAGAGCCUAUUAUUAUACGAGGAGCUGGCAAUAUGACCGUAUUUGGUUUAAGCAAUCGUUUUAAUACUGAAUUUCCAUCUGGAUUGGUAUCUCGAGUUGCUCCUGAAGAAUUUCAAGCAACUAUUAAUCGAAUAAAUGGAAUUUUGAAAAAAACUCUUCCGGUUAAUGUUAAAUGGUUGUUUUGCGGCUGUGUUUGCUGCUGUUGUACUUUAGGAUGUUCACUUUGGCCAGUAAUAUGUCUUAGUAAAAGGACACAAAUUACAUUAGAUAAACUACUUGAAUGGGAAAAUAGUCUUCUUUAUCAUAAAUUGGGUUUAAAUUGGCGAUUAAAUAAGCAACAAUGUGAUUCAAGUUCGAUGAUGGAAUACGUUUUAUUAAUCGAAUUUAUACCUAAAACACCUAUUUAUCGCCCAGAUUAAUAUUCUUAAAUGAAGAGUCAAAUUUAUAAGUUAUCUCAAGUUAAAAUUUAAGUUAAUUAAGUUAUAUAUAAAAAAAUGAAAAUAUAUGUAUAGUAAAUAUUUUUGCGAAAGGAAAUAUGAAAAAAUAAGAUAACACAAAAAUAAAUGAAAUUAAAUAAAAAAAAAUUGUAAGAAAUAAAAUAAAAAUCUAAAACACAAAAACUAGUAUGUUAGGUAUAUGUAUUAAAA